AUGGAGAAAUACUUUGGAAACCCAUAUCGAGGUGACCCAGGUGUUCCUCACACGGACCCAGAUCGUUUCGUCAACAUAUGGUUAGGUUCUUUCGCUUUCUCCGCCAUCACUUGGUCCAAUCCCUACAUGUGGCAACUCACUAACCAAUUCAAUUGGCAUGAUAAAGCAAUGCUUUAUGAACAGUACCAUUGGAAGAAAGCCCGUGCAAAGAAUGAACCCUAUAAAUUCCUGUGGAAUCAGCUUGAUAGAAAGGUAAGAAAAAAUUACUACCACAACUGGCCAAAUUACUUCCCUUAGUUUCUGUCAAUCUCUAUACUUCAUGUUAAUCAGUUAAUAAUGGUGUGUCAUUUGUUUCUUGAUGAACCCCAUCUUCCUUUAUCUACUGUUCUUUGAAUAUUAGUUGGUGGAUUUGGCUUUUACAGACCCCCUUGUUAUUAUUAUGUUGUGAUGGAUUACUUGCUCAAAUGCUUCUUGUUUUUGUCA